AUGCCCCGCAGCCCUCAUUACUGUGCAAGCCUCGUUUCACGUGACCGUCCAGAUCCAACUUCUCCAAUCGUCACAGCGACUCCUCGCUAUCCCUCCAAGCCCUCACCAGCUCCAUCCGCCACAAUGCCUCAGGAUAUGCCCCCAGUGGGGGGCUACGCUCAAGUCCAGUACAAGCGCAACAUCCCUGCCCGCGGAUUCAAGCCUGCCUACUACAUGAUCGGCAUGCACGUUAUCAUGGCCUACGGUUUCUACAAGUACUUCUACGGUGCCCGUGAGCAGCGCGAGCUCGCCCGUGAGAAGAUGUGGUCCCGUCACCACCUUACUCCUCUCCUUCAAGCCGAGGAGGACCGUGACCAGGUCCGUCGACACUACGCCGACAAGGCUCGCGAGAAGGAGCUCCUUGGUACCGAUAUCAAGGUCUACAACUCUGACCGGUAUGUGUUCUCCACUCCUGUACUGGUGACUCGGUCACAUCUCGGGAUUGAUACUUACUGUUCUUGUCCAUCACAGCUUUGUCCGCCCUACUUUCGCCUAUACCCCCUCCAACCUCACUCAAUAAACACCUUGACCAUGUCUCUGUGGUUUUGAGCGAUCUUGUCCCUCCAUUUCCGCUUUCUCUUUCGACUGUAU